AUGAGCCUUGAUCCGGGCGACCUAACACGGUCCUCGUCUCCAUCCGGCUCUGAGGCAUCGCAGCCGAAAUCCCGAGCUCAAGCAGUGGAUCAAAUACAUAUAAAGGAUAAAAACUACCGCCGUUAUGCCGCCAGCGUUGACCGAGCUCUAUCCUUGUUUGACACUGCUCUCCAGGAAUGGGCAGACUACAUCUCGUUCCUAAGUCGGUUGUUGAAGGCUCUACAAUCUCAUCCGCCAUCUCUACCCAUCAUUCCAAGCAAAACAAUUGUUGCGCGAAGAUUGGCGCAAUGUCUCAAUCCUUCGCUCCCAUCUGGAGUUCACCAGAAAGCCCUGGAGGUCUACGGCUAUAUAUUCUCCAUCCUUGAGCCAGAUCGCCUGUCCCGAGAUCUUGCACUCUACCUACCCGGAAUUGCCCCCACACUAUCUUUCGCAUCGUUGACCGUUCGACCGCUUUUUCUCUCCUUGGUUGAGGCCUAUAUAGUUGAUUUGGACCCGUCAGCACUCCGCCCAGCAUUAAAAUCCAUUAUCCUAGCGUUACUUCCAGGGCUAGAGGAGGAAACAAGUGAAGAUUUCGAAGCCGCUAUAAGGAUAGUGAACAAAUUUCGGACAAUAAAUCUCAGGGAAGACUCUUUGUCAGAUUCGAAUGACGACACUAGCAGCCAAUACUUCUGGCAAUGCCUCUUCCUCGCCUCCAUAACUAACCCAAGUCGGAGACUUGGUGUGCUUGCAUAUUUGAAUCGCUAUCUUCCUAAGCUUGGUGGAACAAGCCCAUGGUUGAUAGACUCGGAAAGCGGCAAAGCAGAUAGAGGCUCUAGCUUACUCUCAAUAGCAGACUCCAUUAUUAUGCCAGAGCCGGGGCUACUAAUUCGAUGCUUUGCGACGGGUCUUGCUGAUGAUCAGCUUCUUGUGCAGAGAAACUUCUUAGAUCUUCUUGUUACUCAUUUACCCCUUCAUUCUCCCGUAUUACAAAAUCGGGCCACUCCAAAUGACCUCGAGAUUUUAGUUGCGGCAGCCGCCGGCGUGGUGACAAGAAGAGAUAUGAGUUUGAAUCGCCGUCUCUGGUCAUGGUUUUUAGGCCCGGAAACGUCAAACGGCGCGCAAGAACUUAGUCUUGGUGAAGCAGAGCCGCAGUUAUCUUCGGGACAUGAGGCAAGCCGUGUCUUUGAUUACGAAAAUGCGAAGUUCCAGUACUUCACUCGUUUCGGCCUAAAACCCCUUGUUCAAAGCAUCAAGACGAUGAUAAAUCGCAAUUCUCUUCAUCCUCCAGAAAGAGCAAAGCCGCUCAAGAUAUCACUGUCUUUGAUGGAUCGCUGGGAAGUGGGAGAACUAGUUGUUCCAGCAAUAUUCCUCCCAGUUAUGCGUAGCGUUCAACAAUAUGAACAACUAGCGUCUUCAACUUCGAAUUUCGAAGAGGUUUUUAGAAGUGCAAGUGCUUUUUUCGACGGAGUUGAAAGCAGCUUGAUAUUCUCUGAGCUCCUUUCCCUUGUUCAUGUUGAUCCGUCGGGCAUUCAAACUCGAUCUGGCCGUGCCAUAAAAGACCUUAAGCUCGCGAAUUUUAUUAUCUCCCGUUUCAAUCUGGGGGAGGAGGAAAUACUCAUUUCCCACAUCCCGUUAUUGUUGUUAGCGCUGCUUGUUAAAAUGAGGGUUAUUUCGUCAAAUACUGAGGGUGGAUUUGAUCAUCAAAACAUUCAGUCCGCAGCACUGAACGAGACUUCACUGAUCGUCAAGCACCUCUUGGAAUUGAUUCCAGAAAGAGUAUUUUACGAUGGAAUUGUGAUAGAUCCAACUCGACAUGAUCAGCCUCUUGGGGAAUUCCCCGACAUUGCCAGCCCAGAGAUUAUCAAGUCGAUAAUUGGGUUCUACAAGACAAUCAAAGCAAAUCUCAAAUUACCGCCAUUGCCCUUCUCAUACCGUGAUAUAGGCGAGUUACUUCUCCGAGAAGCCCAGUUUCUGGUGCUGGCUGAGUUAGAAUCGGAGAACCCCUCCCACUUGAAAGAACGGGUGAACAUAUUUUUAUCCCUCCUCAAUAAGAUCCGCAAAUCCCAAAUCGUUAAAAACGGGAGACUCUUCUCAACCAUGUAUCACAAACUUCUCUCUAAGUCUACUGAAAAGUUACCUUUUGUUAUGAUUUCAUCGAUGUGCUCUAUUGUGACGACUCUUUACUCGAUCCACGUACCCGGAUUCUAUAUUUCUUAUCAACAGGUAUCCGAUAUUAUCCCGCCAUUAGUUCAGAAACUUUGGGCCUUUCUCUCGCCCUUGAGUCCCAAAUUUCACGUGGAAUCGGUUCGAUGUCUCUGGCUGUUGCAUUCCGUGACAUGGCAAAAUCAUUUGGUUGAAGCAUCCAUUGCAUCAAUCAUGGUUGGUGCCGAGGGGUUCAAUUCAUCGCAUCUUACAACGAUAGAGGAAACUGAAAAGUUUGUAGUCCUAUGGAAUCAUAGCCAGCAAAUUAGCGUUGAUCCUUCAACUUUGCGCUCUAUUACCGACUACCACUCACACAGCGGUGGCUUAAGAGAUCCGAAAUCUAUUUACCAGUCCUCCAUGCUCGAUCGCCCGUUAUUUCUCGUAUUGGAUUUGCUAUCGGGAGUUGUCAGCGAAGCUUCGCUGGUGGUCAAGGAAUGGAUUUCGGAUCUUUCAUCUCUAUACAAGGUAUUUGACAUAAUAAUUUCAAAACUUACCGAUCUUUCAUACUUCAUGGCAUCGGAUCUAGAAGACACAUCCCAGUAUCGCCAUCCCACAGAGCAUGGGGAAGCAAAUCAAUGCCGAUAUCUUUUCGAGACUGCUUCCGGAGUGAUAUCCUCGUUGAGUCGGAUGGGAUGGUCUAUAUUAAUGACGAACACCGUUGCAGGACUUGAUAAAUGCCGCAAAAGCUCUGACACUGAUGAUGAUUCCCAGCGCCUAAGUAUUCAAGCCACUUUAAUACGCCUUUCUAUUCAAGCCCUCUCGUCUUGUAUAACGGCCACCAGGGAGCCGCAUUCGGAAGAAGAGCGGAUGCAAUUGGCAGCUUUUACCGUAAUGCGCCAGCUUCUAAGUGGACCAGGCGCUGGGCAGCUCGUUGAAAUGGAAUUGGACAACUUCCUAAUCGACCAGUUAUUCUUCUCCUUGGACCACAAAAGGAGUAGUCUCCAGCCUGUCAUGAUCGACACCUUGCUAGCCGCGUUGAAAAUUCGAUUCACUCCUGGAUCCUUAGAGCCUCACGUUCCUUCGUCUGUUACUCGAAGGAAAGCUUCUCUCGAUGCUCUUUCAAAUAUCUCACGUAUAUCGCUAACUGGCGAGAAAUCCGAAAAAGAGCUCCGAGGAGGUGUAGCUCCAUUACCAUCACCACAACUAUUACAAUGUUUGCUAAAAGGGCUUAGCUCCACCUCCUCGCAGAAUGCAGUGCAAAAAUGGGUCAAACUUCUUGUGGAAUGCCUACCAUUGUACUCUGGUACCAUUUUCCAAAUCUUGCUGACGUUGGUAGAAUGUUUGUGUCAACGGAUAAUUGCCUCGUAUAAUGAACUCCAGCUUUUGUUCAAACAAUCCGAUGGAUCUAUUGGGGAGCGUUCAGAGUAUGUUACCAUGGCUCUGCUUGGGGGAUUGGAGAACUGUAUUGCAGUGGCUCAUGAACGCUUAAUUCUCGAGGAAGAGAGUGUUUCUCCCGUGAAAAGCCCAGACCAGCCUCAGGGAUUUUUUGGAAACAUGGUUUCCGAGACAUUAGUCCAGUUGUGGCACGAUGCAGUAACGGCAGAUGACACGGCAGGAGCCCGAUCAGUGUUUAAUCUACUUCAUACACUAGAUGGGUCACGACCCAAAGUAACCAUCCCAGCCAUAUUCAAUUCCAUAUACAGCCGAACCGACCCAACUGCGCUGGAGCCUAGCCGCAAAUCACUAGAUGAUGAUGUGUUGGACGAGAUAUGGGCAGACUGCACCACUUUCCUUCGUGAUGUAUUAGCGAACCCGUUCCCACAUCGACACAUCUUGCCACGGUUGAUGGAGUUUGGUGCAGUCUUGGGUGAAAAGAUGGAUCGGACUAAUUUUGGUGACGACCGGCGAGCGAGGAAAGACCUCGGAGAUUUGUUGCUGCGCCUCCUUACGGCGAUACUUACUAGCAAACCAUUAGGCUCAUCGCAAGAGCCCAUCGCGGCAUCGCGACAGCUAGCGGACAGCGAGCGAGCGUCAAGGCCUUCUUCCAAAGGCCAGCAGCUCAUUGGACCUGACGAUACAGUUGGAAUCCUCGCAUCAGUGAUGCCCGCGUUAGUUACGACUCUGGGAGAAUCAGACAGGAUAUCCACUGCAAUGUCGAAUAUAUCAGCGAACAUAAUAGCACCACUAUUUCAUUCAAGACUGUUUCCGCAAAAUGUGAACAAAAGCAUCCUCGACCUCCUCCAACAAAUGUCAAAGAUUCCUGGUGCCUCGAAGUACUGGCGGAAAGAUAUGGGCGACGCCUUCAACGACACCAAAUUCUUCACGACGAAGGUCGGGCUUGUACAGACGCAUUGGCUUGAUCUGAUUCAUCAUUGGGUCCUGACUGAUAAAGACCGAUUGCCUGACGUUUACUCUCGCUUAUCGACCCCAACAUCUGCCGGGAUAAUGUUCGGCGUAGGUGCUGCAGCUGCGCGACUUGAGGCUGACCGCAAAGCUCAGUUGAAUUUACGGCGAGUGGCGUUAUUCAUAUUAGCUGCAGACGAAGAUCAUUUCGCUACCGAACUCGCAAAUGUCCACCAAAAGCUCGAAGACCUCCUAAUGGCCACCCACAUAUCUUCACCUUCUUCCGUGACUCGAGCGGAAGUAUAUAUGGUCCUCAGAGCACUAGUUUUGAAGACUUCUACCAUCCACCUUGCACCCUUUUGGCCGAUUGUAAACAGGGAACUCCAAGAUGCGAUUUCAGCCAUUGGCCCAGGCCAGCAGGUGGAGACGUAUAACCCUUACUCGCUCUUGCAAGCUUGUAAGCUUCUUGAAACUCUACUUCUCAUUGCUCCCGAUGAAUUCCAGCUUCAGGAAUGGCUAUUUGUUACAGAUACCAUCGAUGCGGUCUAUCCACCAGACCAGUGGGAAUCUGUCGCUCUCGCUGACUCGAUCGCGCAAAGUCUGGGUACAACCACAAGAAGAGACAGUUUUGACCGCUCGACAAGUAAUGGUCUUGGGAAUGGUAAUGGAAAUGAUGGUGAUGACAAUAGUCGCCGUCAGGGAUAUAAAAAUGCGUGGCUUAAUUCCGAACUGAGUCGGGAGACUGCCAAAGAUGAGAUAGUUGACAAGGUGCUCAAGCCGUUCUUCGAUCGGUUGAGUAUAUAUGCAUUUGAGAGCACGUAUAGCUUAGGGGCUCCUGAUUUGAAAUGUUUCAAGGACGAUCUGCUGGCAGACCUAUUUAAUGAGUUCACAAUGGCAAAUUAA